AGCAUCGAUCGAUGAAUGCUAUGUACAAAUAUUUAAACAAUUCGCAUUGGCUGCUGUGCUGUCUGCUGUGUCUGCCCCUAAUGAACUGGCAACCAGCGAACUCUGCUCUUUUGUACACCACAAACUCUGAGUUUGGGAUAUUUAUGGCCAUAUCGGUGCCCAUUGGUCUGCCGCAUCGCAAUGUCUUCUUGUCGUACAAUUAUGAGUUUAAUUACUAUCAGCCGGAGCAUGUCUACAAGUAUCCGCCCAUUCUGAUGGGCGACUAUCAAGACUCCUAUCUGACGUAUCCCACCUCGGGGCGUGAGGACAGCGGCAGGCAUUGUCAGAACUGCACUGAGCGAAGGGAUGAGCAGAUGGACACCAGCAGCAGCAGCAGCGGCAGCAGCAACUCCAACUCCACAGCGGAAUCACGCGGCAAACGUUCCCUGUCGCUGAUGAGUCGCUCCAUUUUCUACUCCAUGCUGCGGGACAAACUGCAAAGGUGCGUGCCGUGUGCCCUGGGCCGUGGGCCGUCUUGUGAUAUUUCUUCUAAUGCUAAUUUGUGUUCGCACAGAUCUGGCUACCCAGCCGAUGCCUGUCUGCUGCGCAUGAUAUGCGAGACGAAUGCCUCGCAGCUGGGCGAAGUCAAUGGCUUCUUGGGCAGCCUCAUACACAUUAUAUUCACUCCCAGCAGUUCCAAGGAUGAGCAUCUGCCGGAAGAGUUCUACCAGGCCGAGUGGGAUGGUCGCCAGCGUGGGGAAUGCAGCGGCUACACCGCCAAUUGUGAGGCGAACAUCUUGGACCUCAUCUCAGUGCCCGUGGAGCAGGCGCUGAGCGAUAUUGUAAGUGGGCGUAGAAGAAAAUAAACUAGAGUACAGCGUCUGCAGCGCCUCUUCUCUGUCUCCGGGUGUUGGGGAUUA